ACUAGCUUGCUAGCUAAACUAAGCUUGCAACAAUAGACAAACUUAAAGCUAAACUGUUAACAAGCCACACGUUUUCACAAACCUGUCUACAGCAUGUAAUUCGUUGUUCUAUUCCAGAUUUAACUCGUUUUGUGUGCGUUGCUAAAUGUAUUUGCUUGUAUUUGUUGUUGCAGAAAAUCUAAAAACGACCAGUAGCGUUUACGUCAUAUUUAUGCAUCGGUGUAUUUGUUGAGACACCACCGUUUGAAUUUGCUGCUGCCGUCAUGGUGGUGUUUCCAAAUUCACUGACGGAGGAAGAGGAGGCUCUGCAAAAGAAAUAUGCUAAACUCAAGAAAAAGAAAAAGGCACUGCUUGCCUUGAAGAAGCAGAGUUCAACUAACCAGACAAACCAGAGUGGCUUGAAACGGACUUUGUCGGACCAGCCUGUAAUUGACACUGCAACGGCAACAGAGCAAGCAAAGAUGCUGAUCAAGACGGGUGCUAUCAGCGCCAUCAAAUCAGAGAACAAAAACUCAGGCUUUAAACGCUCUCGAAUGCUGGAAAUUAAACUAAAGGACCCUGAGAAAGGCCCGAUUCCUGCUUUCUUACCAUUCCAAAGGAGUGUCUCUACAGAUGAAGAACAACCUGAGUCUGGGAAGAGAGCCAACAGGAAGUCUCUGUAUGAAAGCUUUGUCAGCUCAAACGACAGAUAUCGGGAUGAGGAGGACGGAGGCGGCAUGUCAUCCAGCCGCGAGCUGGACAGAGACAGAGACAGAGACAGAGACAGAGAGCGAGAACGAGAACGAGAACUGGAUAGAGAGCGGGACAGAGACAGGGAUAAAGACCGGGAGAGAGAGAGAGAGAGGGAUAGAGACAGAGGCAAGGAAAGAGACAGGGAACGGGACAGAGAAAGAGACCAAAGCAGAGAAAUGGAUCGAGACCGCGACAGAGAACGAGACAGAGAAAGAGAUGGACCGUUCAGACGGUCAGAUUCAUACCCAGAGCGGAGAGGGGUACGGAAAGGGAAUACGGUGUAUGUUUAUGGCUCUGGUCUCGGCGAGGACAACCUGCGCUCAGCUUUUUCUCAACAUGGAAACAUCAUCGACCUGUCUAUGGACAACCCACGCAAUUGUGCAUUUAUCACUUUUGAGAAGAUGGAGUCUGCAGACCAGGCUGUAGCUGAGCUGAAUGGAGCCACGGUGGGAGACGUUCACAUCAAAGUCAGCAUCGCCAGGAAGCAGCCCAUGCUCGAUGCUGCCACUGGCAAAUCUGUCUGGGCUUCACUGGCUGUGCAGAACAGCACAAAAGGCUCCUACAGGGACAAGAGGAACCAAGUCGUGUACAGUGAAGAUUUUCUGAGAUGAAGAAAAAAAAGAAUCUUUUUAUUUUUAUUUUGGCAUAUAGCUUUUCAUGUUUUUGUUUUAAUGACAUUGGCCAGCUGCUGUGUGUCAGCAUAGAAACAAAACCAUCUGUUGUCUUAUGGAUUAGAUUAUUUUACCUUACAGGGUUGGUAUGUGCAGUGUGGCUCAUCAAAAUUAGAGAUACUGUUACUCAAUAAAAAGUAUCCAAACAAA